UCUGAUCCAAUUUUUUUCCGCACUGAUUUAGAUUUAGUGCGGAGGGUCGCAUGCUCGCUUCUUUCUCUGUUCACCCGGCGCUGAUGGCGGCGAGUACUGUCUCAUUGGCGGCCGGGACUGUAUUGGGCCGCCACAAUCUGCUAUCUUUGAAGACUGCUCAGAAGGCUUCUCGCUUCUACGUGAUGGCUUCUUCUACAAAUUCUACUGUUGCCGAUCUUAAGAUAAAGUCCAUUCCUACGAAGCCAGUUGAAGGGCAGAAAACUGGGACGAGCGGUCUCAGGAAAAAGGUCAAGGUUUUUCAACAGGAGAAUUACUUGGCUAACUGGAUACAGGCACUCUUCAACUCUUUGAACCCUGAGGACUUCAAGGAUGGACUGCUGGUCCUUGGAGGCGAUGGGCGGUAUUUCAACCAGGAGGCUGCACAGAUCAUCAUAAAGAUUGCCGCAGGCAAUGGUGUUGGUAAGAUUCUUGUGGGCAGGUAGGGACUUUGCUUCCAUGGUGUAUGUAAUCCAAAUUUAUGCUUAAUUUGGCAUGUUUUACUUGUUCAAUAGACUUAGUUAUCUUAUUAUAACGUAGUAGGGU